GAAGAGCUCGAGGAAGGUCGAUCACAAACAUGAGCCAAGUUGGCAUCAUCGCCUACGAUGGCGUCAUGGCACUUCUUGCCACAGCCCUGCUCCUCCUCGGUGUCGCCCUAAUCUUCAUCCUCUGUAAGAAGAAGGAACCAGCUGCUGUGGAGUCGGAAGAAAGUCUGCAUCUCAAGCUUUCUGUCCGUGCUUAUUCCUUGACAGAUGUUGAUGCCGCCACCGAUGGCUUCAACAAGCGGCAGAUUAUCGGGCAGGGCCGCCUUGGAACUGUGUAUGAAGCUCAUUUGACAGGAGGGGAGUUGAUUGCUAUAAAGAGGAUCCACCCACGGCUUGUAUUGAGCAAUGCCGGUUUUGGGUUCUCAUCAAUAGUCAAGUCUCUCUCAUUCGCUGAUCACCCUCACAUAGUUCCCAUCAUCGGGUUUUCCGAGGCACCGGGAGAGAGAAUAAUUCUGAUGGAGUUCAUGGGUAUGAGGAGCUUGGACUACCACCUCCACCAUGACUGCAACGGUGCAGCUUUUCUCGACUGGGGCCGUCGCCUCCAGAUUGCCGCAGGAGCUGCGCGAGGUAUCAAAUACUUGCACGAGGACAUGACACCCCAUGUCGUCCAUGGCUGUGUCAAGCCUUCCAACAUCUUGAUAGAUUUGAGAAUCUGUGCUAGAGUUGGUGACUAUGGACUCUUUUUCUUGGCUCCCCAGGAGAGGAGAGGCCUUGUGGGUUAUGUUGAUGCUGAGUACUGGACGGAGAAGAGAGUCUGCAAGGCAAGUGAUGUGUUUGGGUUUGGAGUGGUUUUGUUGGAGCUUUUGAGUGGGAGGAGAUGUGAAGAAGGGAUGCUUGUUGAGUGGGCAUUACCAUUUAUUAAAGACAUGAAGAUUGAGGAGAUUUUGGAUCCUGGGCUCCAACUUCCCUCAGAUAUAAAGCCUCUAGUCAGAUUAGCCAAGGUUGCUUCAGCUUGUGUUAGUAACAGUAGGAAAAACAGGCCUUCCAUUGUCCAAGUGGUAACCAUUUUGAAUAGCUUGGAGAUGGAAUUCUGCAAUUGAUGGAUAAUGGGUUUAAUUAUCUAAUAAAAUAAUUAAGCUGGAUUGAAACAGAUGAUUUUCUGUUAAUUAUUAGUGAUGAUACAAAGUUACAAAUCAACCACUGAAAGGCAAAGUUAUCAGUGAUGAUACAAAGU